AAAUGUUAUCCGUUAAGAGCUAGAAAGUAGGGGAAAAUACCUAGAAGCUACGGUUCCCUUUCCAAUAGCAUUUCUUUGUUAUUUUUUUCCCUUAAAUUUGUUUUUGUCUGUGAUAAUUUGAGUACACAAAAAGUGAAGAAAAAAGAAAGAUUUUAGUUUGAGGUUAAUGGGUAUCCAUCAAUCAAUCAAGCAGGAAUUGAUAAACAAAUAUGAUCUUACAAGCAUGGUUAUUCUUUCUUGUUUUCAGUAAUAUUCUUCAGCUGCUGUUGCUGUUAUCUUUAUUUUCUGGCCACUGCCCACAAGCAUAGAUUCUCUCUAUGUGCGAGUCCUCUGUCCUUGCUGUGUGCCUUAGAAAUGGAUGAAUGUGCUUUACACUGCUUGGAUUCUCUCUGCCCAUAAAAGGUUUCUUGCUUUUCUCUGUCUAUACCCUCUCCUUUUCAUUGAUGCUUUCUUAGGCGGUUCUAGGUACACUCUAUAGCUGGUGUAGUGUGAACACUACAUGUACAUGAGGAGGAUGCACACAUACCCGUUUUAUUCCAACUCCACCUUACCCGUCUUGGUAUAAAGAGGGCUCACCAUUCUGCAUUUUCUUCAUUGAAGAACCUCUUAGUCCCUUCGAUAGGUUGGAGUGCUUUGAAAUUUUGAAACAGCAAAAUGAGCUAUGCACAUUAUCAUAUGGGCUCUGGUAGUAGAACUGCAAGGAGAAGUUUGGAGUUUGGGAAGACACAUGUGGUGAGGCCAAAAGGAAAACACCAAGCCACUAUCGUUUGGCUGCAUGGUCUUGGUGACAAUGGUUUGAGCUCAUAUCAGCUGCUGGAAUCCCUUCCACUUCCAAAUAUAAAAUGGAUUUGCCCUACUGCUCCUACCCGCCCUGUAGCAAUACUUGGUGGUUUUUCUUGCACAGCAUGGUUUGAUAUGGGAGAACUUUCAGAAGAUGGUCCAGAUGAUUGUGAGGGUUUAGAUGCUUCAGCAGCACAUAUUGCCAACUUAUUGUCAACAGAGCCAGCUGAUGUUAAUGUUGGAAUUGGAGGCUUCAGUAUGGGUGCUGCUGUAGCUCUAUACUCUGCAACUUGUUUUGCCAUGGGAAGGUAUGGAAAUGGCAUACCAUACCCUGUCAACUUAAGAGCAGUUGUUGGACUAAGUGGUUGGCUUCCAGGAUCAAGGAGCUUAAGGAAUAAGAUAGAAGUGUCACAUGAAGCAAGAAGGCGAGCUGCUUCGUUACCUAUUUUGCUGAGCCAUGGAAUCAGUGAUGAUGUAGUUCUCUACAAAUACGGAGAGAAAUCAGCACAAUCCUUAAGUGCAGCAGGAUUUCGAUAUAUUACAUUCAAAUCCUAUGAUGGGCUUGGUCAUUAUACAGUUCCUAGGGAGAUGGAUGAGGUCUCCAAUUGGCUGAGCUCAAGGCUGGGGCUCGGGGGAACAACAUGAAUAACAUAGUAUCAGUCAGGGCAUGCCUGUAAAAUAACAUGUGACUCCAUCACGGAACGGUUCUCCAAUAUAAAUAGUAUGGUAUAGGAGGAUUAGUCUUCUAGGUUCUUCAGUCAGAAAUAAGAUCCGAAUGUGUUUUCCAAGUAGU